CGCAUUUUACAAAUUUGCAACAAUGAGCAGCCCAGAAAAGUUACCGAAGUUCCAUGAACUUGAGUUGGACCAUCGUAUUCUCAAGGCAGUAUCGAAGCUGGGAUGGGAGCAGCCCACGCUGAUCCAGGGCACGGCGAUUCCCCUGCUGCUUGAGGGCAAGGAUGUUGUAGUUCGCGCUCGCACCGGCUCCGGCAAGACGGCCACCUAUGCCUUGCCUCUGAUACAGAAAAUUCUCAACUCUAAGCUCACUGCCACCGAACAAUGUGUGAGCGCCGUGGUACUGGCCCCAACCAAAGAGCUGUGCCGGCAGUCACGCGCAGUCAUCGAGCAGCUGGCCGAAUACUGCCACAAGGUUGUGCGUGUUGCGGACAUUUCCGGAACAACAAGUAAUACUGUGACUGAACGGCAUGCCCUCGCCGAGCGCCCCGACAUUGUUGUGGCCACUCCAGCCAAGCUACUGAACCAUGCCAAGGCCGACGGUGUGGUAGACCUGAAGAAAGUCGAGACUCUGGUGGUGGAUGAGGCAGAUCUGAUUUUUGCAUUCGGCUAUGAAAUGGAUUUCAAGGCAUUACUUAAACAUCUGCCUUCCAUAUACCAAUCGGUGCUUGUCUCGGCCACCCUUUCAGACGACGUGGUACGCAUGAAGGGACUGUGCCUCCACAAUCCAGUCACGCUAAAGCUGGAGGAGCCCGAUGUAGUGUCGCAGGAUCAGCUAACCCACCAGCGCAUCCUGGCGGAAGAGAACGACAAGCCGGUCAUCCUGUACGCCUUGCUUAAGUUGCAACUGAUACGCGGCAAGACCAUUAUAUUUGUCAACACCAUCGAUCGCAGCUACAAGAUUCGCUUGUUUUUGGAGCAGUUUGGCAUACGGGCCUGCGUUCUCAACCCGCAGCUGCCGGCCUCCAUUCGCAUCAACAUGAUUAGUCAGUUCAACAAAGGCACCUACGACAUCAUCAUUGCCUCCGAUCAGCAUUAUCUAGAGCGGCCCGAUAACGGUUCACAGGACAAGCGCAAAUCAACGCGCGGCGAUUUCGAGUCUAGCGCCUCGCGUGGCAUCGACUUCCAGUCGGUAAACAAUGUGAUUAACUUUGACUUUCCGCUCGAUGUUACCUCAUACAUUCAUCGCGCUGGACGCACGGCCAGAGGCAACAACAAGGGCUCCGUUCUGUCCCUCGUUAGCAUCAAGGAGUCUGGCGUAAACGAUGCCGUAGAGAAGAAGCUCCGAAUAACCUUCAGUGCCAAAAAGGGUGACACGAUCAUUAAAAACUAUCAAUUCAAAAUGGACGAACUGGAGUCCUUCCGCUACCGUGCUUACGACGCCUGGCGUGCUGCCUCUCGUGCCGCUGUCCAGGAGACCCGUUUACGCGAAAUCAAAACCGAGGUGCUCAACAGCGUGAAGCUCAAGGGCUACUUCGAGGAUCACCAACGCGAUCUGAACGCUCUGCGUCACGACAAGCCGCUGCGCAUCCUCAAAACGCCAAGCCAUUUGUCCGACAUGCCCGAAUACAUGGUCCCCAAGGUACUCAAACGUGUCGUCGUCUCUAAAGCCUCUGGCCCUGCCGACGAGUCCUCGGACGCCAAACGCCCUCGUCAGACAGCCGCCAAAGCAGCCUUCGACCGAAAGACCAACGAUCCCCUAAUGGUUGAAUUUGGCAAUCGACGCCCUGCCCCCAGACAAAAAAAGAAGAAACCCUUGUAGGCGGGGACUGCUUACCAAGGGUUCCCGAAAUAAGCUAGUAUAUAUAUAUAUGUAAGCAUUUAGGUGCUUUAGUCUGUAAUGGAAUGAAAAAUGUGUAUGUUACGAGUUGAGAAACGAUGAUAAUAAUAUAAAUCUCAUCGUGCCAUGAGAUGAAUUGAGAAA